AUGACGGACGCCUUUGUCAGUACCUGGAAACUAGUGGACAGCAAGAAUUUUGAUGACUAUAUGAAGUCACUCGGUGUGGGCUUUGCCACCAGACAGGUGGCUAGCAUGACCAAGCCUACCACAAUCAUCGAGAAAAACAGGAAUACUAUACUCAUAAAGACAUACAGCACCUUCAAGAACACAGAGAUGAGCUUUCAGCUGGGAAUGCAGUUUGAUGAGGUAACAGCAGAUGACAGGAAGGUCAAGUCGAUCGUGACACUGGAUGGAGGCAAACUUGUCCAUGUGCAGAGGUGGGAUGGGCAAGAGACUCUACUUACAAGGUAG